AUGCGGCGGUGUCGGGGCGCGGGGCUGGCGGCGCUGGCCGCGCUGCUCAUCGUGGCUGUGGUCAGAGCCCAAGUACAGCAGGAGCCAUUUCUGGAGACCACCGAGGGCACCAGCAUCAGCAUCAAGUGCUCUCACCCCAAUAUCCGGACGGCCGAUUUCAUCCACUUCUACCGUCAGCUGCCGGGCCAAAGGCCUGAAUUUCUGGCAAUGACUGUUAAACAGUCCAAGGAGUUGCGAUCCCCUGAAGGACGCCUGUCGGUGUCGACAGAUCGGCGAUCCAGCGCGCUGUGGCUCGGCCGGCCCCGGCGCGGGGACGCGGCCGUGUAUUACUGCGCGCUGGGGGCCACGGGCAGAGGAGCCGGGGCUGCGGCCGGGCACGAACCGCCGCGGGCGGGGCCGGGCGGGGCCAGCAGGGGGCGCUGCCGCUCCGCCCGCCGGGCUCCCGGGGCUCCUCCUCGCCCCGCACGUCCCGGGCUGCCGGCGCCAGAACCGACACCGGCACCGCCAAUGGGACCCGGACCGAUACCAGGACCGAUAGCAGCACCGACAACCCACUCCGGAACCCACACCAACGCCAAAGCUGGCACUGAUGCCGACACCGACACUAACAUCAGCACCCACACCGACAGCUCCAGCUUGGAGUUACCGACCGUGCUCUGCCCCUCUCCUCAGCCCGGGCUGCGUCCAGCUGAGCUCCUGUCGGCAGCAAACAAACCUGCCAGGCCUCAGCUACAUGUGCACACUGAGAUGCUCUGUGUGUGGCAGGGAGGGCAGCUGGUGUUGGACUUGGCAGGGUCAACUUCUGCAUCUCGUGUUUCCAAGGCUUCAGUGUGGCAGGGGAAAGAUUGA